UCAGAGGCCUUGUUGUUAUUAAUAUCGUUCCUGGUUAGAGCGGGAGGAUGGAGUGAGACAGACAGGCCGAGAGCGCUGGAGAGAGAGUCGCACUGUCAGGAGAUAAUAUAGACUCUGAUCUGUAUCGGAAUAAUAGUUUAAUGAGGCAUCUAAGGAGCUGAUUAUUUUUUUUGUUUACUUUAAAAGGAGAAUCAUCACAAUCUACAAAUAAGGAAGCUUCCUGCUGACCUGCUGGGGAUUUUCUAGUUCUUUUUGUGACACUGAGUGGAGAAAAAGAUGGAGAAGAGGGGGAGAGUAGAGAUGAUGAAGGUGAAUCGUCUGUGGUUGCUGCUGUUGGCUCUGCUCCAGAUCUCCACACCCUCCUCCGCUCUAAACACAACCAGUAGCCCCACCACCACUUCAGCACCGAACCCCGCCGGGCUGGAGUACCGCACACGUCCAGCUGACGUCAGAGUGGCUGUGGGAGAACCUGCAGUGUUUCACUGUGGAGUCCCUGUAACCUCUCCAAACCUCACCUUCACUCUCUACAGCAGACAUGGCAACUACAGUCUCACCUGCCCUCAAGGCCACAUGGAGGACAUCCCCCAGGCUCUCUAUGGCAGCUGUGAAGUGAAGGAUGGGGAGUCUUUGGCUGUUUGGACCAUCAAGGGAACUUCUUUCUCUGACAACGGCACACGAGUUGAAUGUCAACAGUCAAACAAUCCUGACAAACGUGUUGCUGUUCUACGUGUUUAUGAUAACGGCACAAACUAUGCCAUUCUCAUUGGUUGUGUCAUUGGGGGAUUUUUCGGCAUGCUGUUGGUGGUUGUUCUUGUGUACAUCACGCUGCAACGAUCUGAGACCUUCCAGGAGUGCUUCAGGGGGAAUCAAGCAGAAGGUGAUACGACAACAAUUGUAACAAAGGAGUAAAAGGAGAGGAAAAUGUUACUUUGUAAAUCAUACUUAUAGUUGUGCUUCAUUCACCAGAACAGUUUGUUUUGUUUUAAAUCCUUUGACCAAUUUUAGUGAAGUUUAAUCUGGAUUGAUCCAAGGUCCGUCUGUCCAAGUCAGAACUUGUAGUUCACCUCCCUUUUUUCUUUUGCCAUCAUUAUUUGAGCCAAUAGAGUAUAUACUUUAUAAAACAUGUGCACAAUUUGUGAUUGUGCUCGCUAAUGUUGCUCAAACUUUAAAGCUUGUGCAGAAAUCAAUAAGAUUACUGUUUGUGUUUUUCAAAACAAAGUCUGUCUGAAUUACUGGAUUUUUUUUUCCUCUGGUCCAACUUCUAAAAAUAUCAAUCCUUUGUCAGAUGAGUUACUGACUGCUGCAGUCUGU